AUGGCUUGCAAAGAACAAAGAAACCACGAACAGUCAUGUAAAUUUAAAAAUUUAGUGUUAAAAUAUCGAUUUAUUUAUUUGUACAUUUUACAGACCGGUUGUGUUUCACUGGAUCUGGCGAUAGGUCUUUCCAAGACGGGCCGGUCUUGGAUGACCAAUGUUACAUCGUAUAAAAAUAGUGACCAUGGAUUUCGUAUAAAAAACUACAGCGCUUGCAGGAACCGACACCUACUCAUAAAACCCGAUGAGUGGGAAAAGGAACAUCGUUACCACAUAAUCUCAACAUAUGCGCCUCAGACUGGGUAUUCUAACCAGGACGAGGAUGAGUUCUGGAGACUAUUACAGCAGGAGACCGCAGAAGUUGUCGGAAAAACUCCGAAAGGCAAAUUUUCUGUAGGAUUACCGAAAUUAAAGCUAUGUUCAAAUAAAAUUUCCACAAUAUCCAACAGACGGGGUGACGAAAUCUUGUCAGUAAAAUCAAAGCAAUGA